AUGGGGCAGAAUAGCAGCAAAAGCAUUCAUUCCCUUAUACUGAAAUUGAAAGAAAAGGAUUUAAAAGAAACAGAACUCUAUUCCGAAUUGUUGCACUUGGACGACACUUUCAAAAGUGAUAACAAUUUUUAUUUAAUCAAAAAAAUUGUAGACGAUGUGACCAAUUUAACCUUUUUAUUUAAAUUUUUAAUGAACACAUUAAAAAACAUUUUGCAAGAUUCAAGUGACGAGCGGGUACGUGAGUGCAAGGUUUGUGUAAAAAUAUGCCUUAGUAUACUCCCAGUGAUCCAGUACAAUUACAAGAAAAGAGACAUCUUUAGCUUAAUGUGGAAAGAAAACUGUAUGGAAAUAUUGGAUGAACGUAAUUACAUUUGUAAUAAUAUACUAAUAUUACAUAUUUUCAAUUUUUUACUGAUAAUUUUAUUCACUGAAAACAUAAGUAUCAACAAAGCAAUAUGUGAAAGCCGUCAUAGUGGUAUUACUAGUCCAGAUGGUAGCGCUAACCCUAGGAAUAUGGUGUUGGUAAAAAAUACCAUUGAUGUUUAUAGACUAUGGUUAACAAAGUUUUCAAUACAUGAACAAGUCAGAAGUUUUGACAUAAACAGUGGUAGAAAUGGUGAUACUACAAAUAGUAGCAAUAGUAGUAGCAGUUGUGUGAAUAAUGAAAAUCGUAGUAGUAAUAGUAGUAGUAGUUUUGACAAUGACAGACUGAAUAAUGAAGAAGGGAAAAAUGUGGAUCCUAUUAUGAAAGACAUCUACUACGUGAAUGGAAAAAAAAAAAAAAUUCCAUUAAAUGAGCAAGAUUCUUCAAAAACAGAUGGAAGAAGGAACCACUGGUCUACUACAAUUACAAAUAGUAAAAUGGAAAAGUACGAAUUGAAUAACAGAAACAAACAAGAGGCUGAACCCAUUUCACAUAAGGACAAACCCGAAAAUUAUUUACUUGUAAAAGAUGCUAAAGGGAUGAAAUAUGGUCCCUCGAAUGAAACACAUUUUAGGAACGGAGAUGAAAAGAUAAAUACAAUUGUAGCAAAUAAUAAUAUGAUAAAUUUAGAAUUAAUUAAAAACAGGAUAAAAAUAUUAAAGUGCUUAUUAAUAUUACUAAGUUCAUAUAUCUAUUAUGAUGAUAAAAAUUAUUUAAAGGAAAAAAAUUUUUUUUUAUUUCUUUUUACAAGUGGGGAAGUUUACUUUACUGCUAAUUUUUUUUUAUCCUUAUUAACCGUCAUUUAUGAUAACGAAUUUAAUUAUUUUAGUUUUUACUUUUAUAAUGAUACAUAUUUAGAAUUUUAUAAUUUAUGUAUCCAUACUUUAAAUAUAUUGAUUGAUUUUAACCCCUUUAUUUUGAGGGAUAACAAAAAAGUACAUUACAUGAAUAGUGCGGUUAGAUACUAUUAUAAGUCAAGAUUCAGUAUAGAUAAAAAGGAGAAGCAUAUAUAUAGUAAUACAGAUAAGGAAGAGGAACACGAAUCCGACUUUUCUAACCCUCCUAAGGAAGAAAAAGAAAACAAAGCAGGGAGUAAAAAGAGCGAAAGCAGUGUAUGUACACCUAUAAACGAAAAUGUAUGUUAUUUUAAUAAUAUAGAAACAGAUGAUACAUUACCCUAUGAAAAUGAGAAGAUGGACACUGGCAGCAAAGCUGUAAGACGUAGUAGUAAAGAAGAAAAGCAAUGGAAAAGCCAAUUGCAUACCAAUUUAAAGCAACCAUUGCAGCAGCAGGGGCAAAUCACAGAUCCAGGAAGUUCCACUAGUUUAAGCUCGGCUUCCCUGGAUGGCAGCUUUGCAUAUAAUGACUCGUUUGAAGAAUCGUGCUACUCGUCUGAGAGUGAUAAUAAUGAUAUCGAGAAAUGUGCUUGUACUAAUAAAAAGAGCAAAAAAAAAAAAAAAAAAAAAUUUUAUAAAUUAGAACAAGUUUUGAAAAAUAAAAAAAAAUAUCUGAAGGAAUAUAACCAAAAGGAAGAAGAGAAACAUAGUGAUAAUUAUUAUAUAUAUGUAAAAAAUAAAAAGGAAGCAAAAAAUAUGCAAUGUAAUAACGUUUUUUUAGAAAUGAUCCGUAAUUUAGAAUUAGAUAAUAUGCAGUAUAUUUACAAAGGGACUUUAAAUAUAUUAAUAAGUUAUAAAUUAUAUUUUGAAAAUUUUAAUGAAAAUAUUUUAUUUAUAGACAGUUACUUAUGUUUAUUAUGGCAUCUGAUGAAUAAUAAUAAACUUUUCAUUAAGUAUAUAAAAAAUCAUAAUAGCAGUAUAUUUUUAUUUUACAUACUUUAUAUACUACUAUGUUUUAAUAAUCAUAGAAAAAGAGAAAUGCAAAGACUGGCAGAUAGUAGAAAACGUGAAGGAAUGAUAACCACUGCUUUAAUGAGUAGUGGGAUGAAUAUGACCUCUUCAAACAAAAAAGAAGAAAAUGAUGAAAAGGAAAAAUUUAUUUAUAAUAAUGAAAAUUACAAUAAAUCGAAUAAAUGCGAUGAAUUUAAUAUUCGAAAAAUAGAUGGAUUAAUUUAUAUUUGCUUAUUCAUAAUAUUGAAAAUAUCCUCAAAUUCAGCUAUUUGUAAAAAUUUAAAUGAAAAAUAUGAUCAAAAGAUAAAAAUAAAUUUUCUUUUAAAAAAUAUAUCUCAUUUUGAUACAUAUGUAGAUUUCUUAGUAUACGUAUUAUAUAUGAUAGUAAAUGAUAAUAUAUAUUUUUUAAAAUUUGAAAGAAUUAUAGAUAUGUCUAUUACAAUUCUUACAAAUAUGAGUGUUUAUAUUAAAUCUAUGAACACUUAUUCUUGUGAAUACAUAAUUAGUAUUUUGAAAAAAAUUUUAAAAAAGGAAUGGAUAUUGUCGUCUCAACACCAUUAUUAUUCCUUAUUUCUUAUCCUGGAUUUUAUAAAUAAUAUUCUGUCCCAUAAUUUAAAUGAUAACUAUAAUUUAGUUUAUAUGAUCAUAAAGAAUAAGGACGUUUUCUUUUCUAUUCAUAAUUUGGAUGAAGAGUUAAAAAAUAAUUAUUUAUUUGACUCCAACACCCCAACUGAUUAUUGGGUGCCGACCCAAAGUUGGCUAGUCAAUUGGAAAAACAAAUUACCGCUCCAUUUUAUCAACAGCAUAAUUUACGACUUGGCAAUUUUGAUCGAAGAGGAGUGCGAUGAAAAAGAAGUCCUGGAUUACAACGAAGUUGUCAACCUAAUUAAAAAUCAUUGCUCAACAAUAAAAAAUAAAAAAAUUCCUUUCAUAAUUCGAAAAUAUGAAAAGAAUAUGCUGCUGUCCAAAUGGGUUACUAGCUACAUAUAUUUUCUCCUUUUUUUCCAUAUGUACAAAGAAAAUCUUUUUAUAAAUAAUGGAAUAAAGUUUAUAUCAUAA